UUCCCGGCGAGGGGUCCGGGUGUGCAUCCUCGAGGGUCCGCAGACGCACGCGUGUCCACGCGUGUCCGGCUAUCUUUCCCGGGCCUGGUUCCCCCGGGCCGAUGACCGGUACCCGAUGAGGGGGUCCGGGCUGCUGUUCGUGGGGCUCCUCCUGCUCCGCGUGAGCGGGCCGGGGGCCGGGGAGGGUCUCAGCUUCCCCGUGUACGACGGCAGGGACAGGGUGGUCAGCCUGGGCGACAAGAACUUCAAGCAGGUGGCCAAGAAGUUCCAGCUGCUCGGCCUGUUCUACCACGAGCCCGUGGCCGCCGACAAAGUCUCCCAGAAGCAGUUCCAGAUGCGGGAGAUGGUUUUGGAGCUCGUGGCCCAGGUCCUGGAGCACAAAAAUAUCGGCUUCGGCAUGGUGGAUGCCAAGAAAGAUGCCAAGCUGGCCAAAAAAUUGGGCUUGGACGAAGAAGGCAGCCUGUACGUACUCAAGGGAGACCGCACCGUUGAGUUUGACGGAGAAUUCGCCGCCGAUGUCCUGGUGGAAUUUCUGCUGGAUCUGCUGGAGGACGCGGUGGAGAUCAUCACCAGCAAGCUGGAGCUGCAGGCCUUCCACCGCCUCGACGACUAUAUCAGGCUCAUCAGCUUCUUCAAGAACGGAGACUCCGAAUACUACAAAGCCUUCCAAGAAGCCGCUGAGCAUUUCCAGCCUUAUAUCAAAUUCUUCGCCACAUUCGACAAGGGGGUCGCCAAGAAGCUCGGCCUGAAACCGAACCAGGUGGAUUUCUACGAGCCGUUCAUGGAGGAUCCCGUCCCCAUCCCCGAGAAGCCGUACACGGAAGAGGAGCUGGUGGACUUCGUGAAGCAGCAUGGCCGAGCCACGCUGCGAAAACUGCGUCCCAAGGAUAUGUUCGAGACCUGGGAGGACGAUAUGGACGGGACCCACAUCGUGGCCUUUGCCGAGAAGGAUGACCCCGAUGGCUUUGAGUUCCUGGAGAUCCUGAAGCAGGUCGCCAGGGACAACACGGACAAUCCCGACCUGAGCAUCGUGUGGAUCGACCCAGAUGACUUCCCUCUGCUGAUCGCCUACUGGGAGAAGACGUUUAAGAUCGAUCUGUUCAAGCCCCAGAUCGGCGUGGUGAACGUGACCGACGCCGACAGCGUCUGGAUGGACAUCCGGGACGACGACGACCUGCCCACGGCCCAGGAGCUGGAGGACUGGAUCGAAGACGUGCUCUCCGGGAAGAUCAACACGGAGGACGACGACGACGAGGAGGAGGAAGAGGACGACGACGACGACGACUCCGAGGAGGAGGAUGACGACAAUGACGACUAGACCCGACCCCCAGUUUCUCCUUGGGGACCCCGAGCCGCCCUCGCCCACAGGGCGGAGGGGUGGGAGAAGGCCCCGUCUUCAAGUAGAAUGGCCAAAGACCCUCUCGCACCACGUACCCCAUCCCCUAGAAACAUCAGUCAGGACCCCCGGCCGUCGGUCCAGUCCCGGACGGGCGCCGGGAGUAAUAAACUCCCCUUGCCUAGGAUGGGGGGCUCCGAUAUUUUAGCCCCCAUCACCCCAUCUGCACCUGCCACUGUGGAUAAAAUUGUCCCCUUGCUCAUCACUUGUCUGAAUUCCCGCCUGUCUCCCCCGCUAGACUGUAAGCUCAUCAUAGGCAGGGAACGCGUCUGCUAACUCCAUUAUAUGGUCCUCU